UCAAAACUUAAAUGGGGAAUACCCAGCCGCAAAAGAAAAGACUUGUCAUUGUAGGAGGUAGCUUCGCCGGCCUUCUUUUACUUGAUAAGGUCAAGGAUGAUUUUGAAGUCGUGCUGAUAGAGAAGAAGGACCACUUUGAAUGGAUUUGCUCCCUUCCUCAUUCAAUAGUCAACCCAGAAUACUUCAACAAAGAUGCAACAGUUGACCUGCAUCAAUGUCUCACUGUUGAUAGAGUCUUUGGGCCCAAUGUCAGGUAUCUCCAAGGAAUGGUAACUGAAAUCACUGAUCAGACAGCUUUAAAAUACAAACCAACUAAAGGCUUAGACUCAGCUAAGGAAUUGGAGAAUGUCCAAGAAGAAAUCUUAGAAUUUGACUUGCUUGUGAUCUGCACAGGAGCUGUUUACAAAAUAAAUGAAGGCUCAGCAGAAGAUGUCGCCAAUAUCUUUUCGAAAUAUGAAAGAUCCAAGCUGAUUCAGAAGUAUCAUGAAGAGAUAGAUGAGGCAGCUCAAGUUCUUGUGGUUGGUGGAGGCCCUACCGGUGUAGAAGCACUUGGUGAAAUAGUUGAUAAAUAUGGAACUAGCAAGGAAUACGGACUCCUGAAUAGCCAAGAUAGGCUAUUGACGGGAUUUCCAACAGGAGUCUCUAGGAGAGCUUAUAACUACUUUAAUGCAAAGAGGACUUUCAAAGAAUGAUAUCUUGGAAAAUAUUACUCUCCUGAAGAUGAAAUCGCUCAAAAAUAUGAUUAUACGUUAAUGUGAGCAGGGAUGGAAUACUAUACCCCAUUUAUGACAAAAAACUUCGAGAACUGAGUUGACCAAAGAGGAAGAAUUUUUGUAAAUCAAUACUUCCAGGUAACUUCGCAAGAUCCAACCAAAUCAGCAUCAGCCGAUCACCAAACAUAUGAUAACAUUUUCUGAUAUGGUGAUGCUUGCUUUUCUCCAAUGCAGGAAAUCAAAAAUGUCCCUUCAAUCAGAGAGACUUCAUACACUGUUAAAAAAAACCUCAAAGCAGUUUCUUACGGUGGUAAAUUGUCCAAGAUGACUUAUGCCAUCGACAACCUGUCUGCAGUGUACUACAACAAAUGGAGGGGAUCAAUAGUCUUAAACAACCUCGGUUUACCAAAUUGAUUGACACUGAAGUCCAAGAAAUUCAUAGAAGAAACUUACAUGGGGAAAUUCAGAAACAAAUGCUGCUCAAAGUGCAGGUUUAAACUCUACAAUUGCCAAGUUAAUUUCCUGUCCUGAUUUGUCAAUAACUGUUGCUGCUGAUGCUCAUGAUCCAAGAGAAAGAGGUUUAAGCAAAGAAGAGCAAUUGUCAGGGCUCUGAUCGAGCACCAUAGACAAGAAGAAGGUUCUAAUGUUUCCGAGAGCCAUGUCAGGGGGCUUUAAGGCUUUCUAGAACCUAACAAGGAUAGUCUAGCUUUUCAAUUUUGUUUUAGAAUCAAUUUUG